AUGAACAACAAAACGACAUCAACCCGUGAUCUACACGAGAGUGGUGUUUCCACCGAGUGGCGAGAUUCGUCGACCUCAGUGUGCACCACCUUCUCCGAUUCUUCGCUACCGUUGCAACUCGCCGAUAAAUCGGUUCAUCAUCUGGCGUUCGACUCUCUCUGCUUCUCCAGCGAAGAUGACGCGGCGAUGGCAGUCCUUCUCGCCACCACUACGACUUCGACAUUCGCUCCCGUUCCCUCCACUUUCUCUCCCUUAUCUCUCUCUUCAUCUCCAUCUCCAUCUCCAUCUCCAUCUCUCGGUUUCUGUGAUCCCUCUCUCCUCUACUCUCCUUCCUCACGUCGCCAACCACCUGCAUCCGCCUCAGCCAAGUUCUGCCUUUCCACCUCCACUACAACUUCUACUUCCAUUCUUCCCAACUCUGCCCCCGGCCCGUGGUGGCAUCGCGCGCUAUGCGUGCUCUGGAUAGGGGCCAAGAUGUGCGUCAUGUUCGCGCUCAUGGCCGUGCUAUGGGUCGUACUGGCGCUGCCCACCAUCGACCAGCAGUUGUGCGCCCUCUUCUGCUUCCUCUGCCAGCACUGCCCGCUGUCUGCCCACAAGGAGGCGCUCAGCCGACGGCGAGCAGCAACCCACCACCGCCGCCAGGCCAGCGUGUUACAGAUCCGCGAAGACGACGACACGAGCGACGGAGAGGGCGAAGGAGAGACGGCGACGAAGCCACGGCUCAGCGGCAGCCAGGAGCUCAAGAAGUCGGAGGAGGGCGAAAGCAUCAAGGAGGAGGCAGUGGACCAACAACCGGAAGACGAAGGAGCCGCUUCGAGCGUCGAGACGGCGAAACCGAAGACUAAGCCCAAGAGGAGGGUGCGCUUCUCGGACUGA